AAGGGAACUCCUGCUCCUGCCUGCAGACAGCGAGUAGAGCGCUCGGAAGAUGCGCCAGGCGAGUGAACCAGGGACAGUCGUCAGCGGUCGGCAGGAAGAUAGGUUGUGGCUGUGAGAGGGGAGCUGUGACGUGUGCAGGACAUGUGGACUGAAAUAAUAACGAAGCUGAAAGUAUGACGUUGGCCCGAUGCAUUCACCUGGCUGGUUCCCCGCUCUACUGGCAACCGGACUUGAAACAUACUCCACGCAACACGAAGGGAACAGGAAGAGUUUCAGCAUCAUAUGACAUUGCAGCGACAGUAUCGAAACGCAUCAAGGGUUUCGAAGUGGCCUAAUUGUAGUUCCAAUUUUCAACGAAUAUAGUGCAGACGUAAGAGAGGAUAGAGGAGAGGAAGGUAACAGUUAAGUAAUUAAGAAGUCAAAUAACAAAAAGACAUUUUCCAAGUUCGUGAUGGCUCGGAAUUGAAAAAAGAAACAACAAUUCGGAUGAAGUGCUGCUUUAAAGAUAAGAGAUUGUGUAUGUGUGUGCUCUUAUUUUUUUAAGUAAUUAUAAUAAAUCGCAGAACCGUGCUUCCAGUAUCACGUCUUGAACGAUAUUAAUUAUCUGUCAUUAGGAGGAGGGAUAUCUGUAUCACGUUUUUGUCACUGGUGGGGAAUUUAAUCUCGUAAUAUUGUUACAAGUUUUGUGGAGUGCCUACAGCUGUUACGUUAAAUAAUCCGAGUUCCUCUCUGUGGUCACCCGUCAUCUGUUAUAUAACAAGUCAAGUUCUUUGCUGCCACCUGUCUUCCAGAAGAGGAACUAUUUGAAUGCAGUGAUGACACCAUGAGUACAAGAGAGAUCGUCUUGGAUGGAGGAUCGCCGUGGGGUUUUCGUAUGCAUGGUGGUGCUGAUGUCGGCCAGCCCUUGAGGAUAUCGAGGGUGAACCCUGGCAGCAAGGCGGCGCAGAAGGGCGUCCGUGAGGGAGACGUCAUAUCGUCCAUCAACGGACAGUCCACUCGCAACAUUACGAACAGCGAUGCUCAUGCCCUCUUGCGGAAUGCAGGUCAAACACUUCAGCUGGGCCUCAACGAGGAAUGUAGUGGCUCUCCCAAGCGACGGAUUCACCGAAGCGUCCCGCAGGAAACCAAGCUGGAACCAGUGAAACGUUCGACCCUGAGUAAGACCUCAACCACUGCGCGAACGACUUUGGCGUCUGUGAACGGUGCGGCAGACCCCAAUUUUAACAGUCAACUAUCGGUUAAAGGAGACUUGAAGGAUGGGCAGAAUGGAGGCGUGAAGGAGAGUUCCACUUUUUCCACAUCGGAAUCGAGAGGACAGCGCCGGCGUCGGAGACAAAACGCACCUCAGCAUGAAUUGCCAGGCGACACGAAAGAGGACUCUGACACUAUCGCAGAUACACAUAGUGAAAGCAAAACAUUUCGCAGCGUGACAUCAUCGGAAGGUGGGGGUUCCAGAUCGCGUAGGCGCAGAAGAACUAGAGGAAAUCGACGAAAGUGUCUCGCGGGGAACGCUUUUGGUGUCGAAGGUGAUGUUUCAGGAACUGAACUGAUGGUGGCAGAGCAAGACAAAGAAAUACCAGAGACGGAGCCGAAAACGGACGCAACAAUGUCUGACAUUGGCGCGAAAGCUGAAAAACAUGGCGCUCACGAACGAGAAAUAUCUGAAGUUGAUACUGUAGGGGAAGUUGUGAACAGGGAAAUUAAACGGGAAGUUAUUUUUAGGAAAGUUCAAAUCACAAACUCAAAUGUUUUGUCCUUCGAUGUUAAUAAGGAAAGGUUAGGUGAAGUGACUGUUGAAAACAAAUUUCCAGUGGAUUUUUCGUCUUCUGGAAUCAAUCAAAUGGGGGUAAAGGAAGGAGAUAAUGUAAAUAUUAAAGCCUAUACAGCUAGGGAGAGGAGGAUAAUGGUUGCCACUGGAAAUAAACGUAUACCAGAAGCUCUUGUUUCGGACUGUGAUAAAGAAGACGUUCUAUACCAGGAGAAGGUACCAGAAGUAGGUGUAAAUUCCAAUGACGAAACAGAAAUUGGGUUUGAGAAAUCCAGUUUCGAAGACAGUGCGUCAGAACCUAAUAAGUCAGUACAAAAAAAUACACAGUCACUGUCUGAAAGAUGUGACGAUGUAACGGGAAGUGUUGUACAGGAAGUUGUCGAAAUUGAUAAGCUGAGGGAAACUGAAUGUAUCCAGGAAAUUGUUCCAGAAAAAGAAUCACAUCGAGAUGUUAGGCAUAACGCUGAAGAACAAGAAAACAUAAUAGUACUUCAUCAAAAGGAAGCAGCGGAAGCUGACAUACGGACCAUUCAUCUAGAAGAAAAAGGAAAGGAAAUAAACAAAGAGAAGAAUGAAUGUGAGAAGGAAGCAAGUCCAUCAUAUGAAGAAGUCUGCGAAGCUGUAAUCGUCCAAAAUGACGUGUCUUUGAUAGACGUUAAAGGCAGGACUGAGUUUCUUAUUAAUGAGGUAAAUAAGGAAGGACUGGAAAGCGACGAGACAACGAAAACUCUAAUAUCGGAAGUGAUGCCCGCAGAAAUAAAGGAACAGCGAGUUGAAAGUAUGAAUUCUCUGGUAAGAAAGAGUGUGGACAUUUCGCGCUACGAAACUGACUCAGAAACUCACAUCAGUAAAACUGAUAGUGAAAUAGAAACUGAGAAUUUUCGGGGCAUAUUGAUAGUAUAUAACUCACCUCAUUCGGGUAAUGAUGGUUCAAGCUUGCAAAUUACACAACAUGCACAAAAAGUUACACAGGAACAAGUAAAAGACUUUGGUUCAGCAGUUCGAAACACGAAGACUAGAUGCUCUCCUGCAGAUACAGGAAGUCUGAUAGCUGGGGAACCUACAUCAUCUGAUACAAAGGAAAUUAAAGACAUUACAAGCAGGAGUUACUCUUGUGGAAAUUUUUCAGAUCUUUCAGUAACUACAACAAAUGUUUCGCACGGAUCUGGUGAACAGGUUUGCAAUACUGGAAACUGUGAGCACAGAACAUUUGAAUAUCCAUUGGAGCAAGUUUCAGAGGGCGCUAAUACUAUGGCGGAAGAUGAGCAGUGCAUGCUUGUAGCUGAACUACAUAGCAGAAAAGCAUUUGGGUGUGAGAAUGGCCGUGAUAUAGCAGGACCUACUGCUUCAGACAGCUUCAAGGCAACAGAAAACAAAUCGCAGUUAAAACUAUGUAACGAUGCAUGUAAGGACACAGGCGGUGUAUAUCCUGGUACCAGCAGCAGUGCAACAGCGGAUGAGAGAAUGGUUCGAAUUUCAGAAAUAUCGGGAGAGGGCGACAAAUACAGGACAGAACUGGAAGAAAACAAGGUUUAUUCAGUUUCAGAGCAGUCCCCGCCAGAGUGCAGGGCUGUUGUGGUGGAGGAAGUAGGUGAAGGUAUGUGGGAAGAAGUUGAAGAAUUAUGCGGAGACGAAACGAUUUGUGAAGACGACCGACUGUCGGAUGAUGCAAUACCUAAUGGAGAUGGAAGGCGUUUUCGCAUGACAGGCACUCCAUCCUCGGCCCAGGAUGCUAAACUAUCUCAAGAAGAGAAGGAGUUGCUAGAUCCACAUCCUCUGAUAGAUGCAGAAGAUGAAGAAACACUGAGGCAGUUCCUUCAUAGCCUCAACUUGGCAGAUUACAGCAAAGAAGCAAUUCGUUCUAGAAAUGCCAUGUUGAGGGAUGGCAACACGAUAGAAGAGGUAUACGCGACCAGAAAGAGUAAGCGCCGGGCACCUCUGGAGACGUACCCCAGCCAACAGAGGGGUCUGGAUGUGAUCUUUGAGGAGAACAGCAGUGACUACAGUGAUGGAGAGAAGCGAGUGGAAGAAGCAGGAUCUCUGAAAGAAAAGCGGGAAAAGGCGUGGGAGGAGGCUAUAUUCAUCCCAGAGACGAAUCAGAUCGUGUUUCUCAGCAAUGACUAUGACGAAGGGGAAUACAAGGAUCUUGAAAACAAAGGAACUGAAAAAUACAGGAUUCGAAACCGCUCCGAGUGUUAUUUAGAAAGAAAGGUCUUGAACCAUGCUACGGAGAGUGAAGAAAGUACUGCUGGUGUUUACCGACGGGUAGAAAAGGAGUCGAGAAGUGUGAGGACACGAAUUGUUUCCGAAGAGACUGGUAUUGAUGUUUUCUCUAAAGAUAUGGAAAUCGCUUUGGAAAAUGUUCGUGAAACUGAAGAAUAUGAUAGUGAAGACGGUAGGGAAGAAAGGUAUUGUGAUGAAAAACUGGAGGUAAGGAUAGAGCUGGCAGAAAGUAGUGACGACGAAGACGACAUAAAGAGGACGUGGAAGAAAGGGAGGGCGCGAGAGAGGCAGGACACUGUCGAGAUCGUCUACCUCGAGGAGGACAGCGGCAGUACCAGUAGCGGUAGUUGCAUAGCGGGGAAGAAACCAGAAGACGAAGCUGCAGAGGAUGCUGACGUAGAGGAAGACCCGAACGUGUUGUAUGAGGAGAUUGAAUUUCCCGUUGUUCAUAUGGACAGGAUCACAGGCGUAAUUGGUGAUGUACAAGAAGAAUCGUUAGAAACUAAUUCAGUAAAUGCUAUAUACGAAAAUAUAGAAUUUCGUAGAAACACAGAGACUUCAUUCACAUCUAAACAAGAAACUAAUAAAGGGAACUCAGACAUUGCUCCUAAUUUGCAAGGAUCACCACAUUAUAGCGAUACAAAUGAAUUUGCGACAGAUAUUUACGAAGAAGUCGAGUUUGUUAGAAAUGAAAUAUCAAAUACGACAAACACAGAAAUGAAUUUAUCCACCUCAGUUGUGCGCAAUGAAGUAAAUUCAGUGCAUCUAUCAGAUAAUUCCAAUACAGAUUCUGGCAUCAACUCCAGGUCAACUGACAACAACAACAACAACAACACGUAUGUACCUAGGGAAAGCGACAAUGAGAACAAAGUCGCAGGGCAUUUUAAGAUUACAGAGGCUGAUGAUUCCGGCAAUAUAGAAAGAGAGCAAAUAGCAAUUGUAGACACAAAGAAUGAAGCCAACUCUCUUCUGCAAAGUGUACGUAAAGUCGAACUGACUUCGCAGCUAGAAAACGGGACUCAAACUGACAGUGUCACUAACAGUACGAAUACCUGUGCUAAAGAAAGUCCUCAGGAAAGUACUGGAACUGCUCACACUGUUUUAGAAAGUGAUGCGCAGUCUAUAGGAGAGUAUGGGGAGAAAACAUGUUCUGCUAAAACCACUGAUUAUAAUGAUUUGCAGAUAAAUAAUUCAAAAACACUAGAUAUCGUUAAACGAAUUUUAUCUUUAAUACCUCAAGGAGACAAUAUGGACAGUACUCAUUUAGAGUCGAUUAUAUCGCAAGUGACCUCAGAAAACGGUCAGACAGAAUCGUUAAAGGACAGUGUAACUGAAGGGUUGGUAGAAAAAUUGAUCACAGAAGAUGGAGGACAUCAACAGGGAACAAAUGAGAAAUUAUUCGAAACUAAACCUAAUAUAGUCUCAGGUGCCAAAAUAUUUUGUGAAAGUAUACCUUCUGACGGGAUAGAACACGAUGCAAAUCCAAAAACAAUUAAAAGCGAACUGGAUUCUAAAUCACCUCCCAUUACAACAGAACAUAAUGCAAGCUGCGAAGGUGAUAUAUAUGUUGAAGCUACUGGAAAGUAUGGUGAAUGUCCGCUGAACGCCAAUGAUGAAUUCUUGCAAACUCUUUGUCAGAUCGAUUCAUGUAUCAAAAUAGUGAAUGAAAGUUCACAUUCUAGACAGUCAGGAAAUAAUUUGGAUACCAAAACGGUUCAAUGCAAUCCGGAUUUGCAAGUACCAAGCACCACACAAGAACCAAAUAUCAGUCAUGGUAUUGAGAUACAUGUUGAGCAAGAGCGACCGGUUAAUAUCUCAGGGGAAUGUGGAAGCGCAAGAGAUGAAGAAGAUGGCUAUGAUGAACUCGACUCGAUCACCCCAACAAACCUGUCCCGUCGUGAGUCUUCGAGUAGUGACGCGGGGUCACAUGGGACAGCUGUCUAUUGUCCCGGGAGAUUUUCACCUCAGUCGUCAGAUGCAGACGUUUCUUCCUAUGCUGAGGAUACCAUCGCGGAAAGCAAGCCUUUACGUAAAAUAUAUUCUCCUCAGAAUAUUCGUGACAGGUUGUCUAAAUCACGCAGCCACGAAAAUAUUUCAAAACCUAAGAAAUACCUUAGUCCGACGUUUAUGAAAGGGACAGAAAGUCAUAGCAAAGUGCCUUCAUCUCCAAAAACACUGAAAGACUUGACUAUAGACAAGGUUGUAUCCUUACGCCAUGGUGCUGACAUGCUUAAUGCAUUAGGAAUUAGUGUUCCUUUGAGAAAUCCUGAGAAAACUCACGGUGGUACCAAGGUAGGUGUGAACAACCUUGUGCAAGAUGCUGUGAAAAGUUCCCAAUUUUUUAAUUCUCCAUCAGUUUUAGACGAGCAUAAAUGUAUUGGGAAAUCGUCCUUAUCGGGAUCUUUGCCAGAUAUCUCGUUUAUGAAACAGGAGGCUCUAAUCAGAGACCAGACACCUGGCAUUGCUAUCGUGAAAUCCCCUCCCCCACCUGUUCUCUCGCCACCCUCCAUUCCGGAUAGUCAUUGGUUAGGAAUGCCUACUAAGGAAGAUCCGAAUUUACUAGUCUGUCUGUCACCGUCACAAAGGCGAAGUUACCAGGAAGGCGAAACACCAACGCCUGAAGAAGCUGGAAAUCUUCUGGAUCUACACCGCAAGUUUAUCCAAAGACGUGGUUAUCAUGAGAACCCUCAUCCACCAGCCAGUAGAAGAGCACUUGGAGCACGCCAUUUCUUUAGCGAAACUCCUUUCCCGAAUAACUAUAUCGGUGGUGAGCAUCUGAAUGGCCAUAUAGAUUGUCAGAAGCCGUCAUCAUUAGCUGGAAAAUGUGUAGAGAGUGAGGAGACAUCUGUAGCCCCUAAACCCCUACCAUCUCCGAGGUUCAGAACUGUAUUUGCGUCAUUAGAUUCAAAAAUACACUUCAAGGGGAACACGAGCGCGGUAAUAGGCGGGUUAGAAGAUGCACAAAUGGAGGAGAAAACAGAGCUAGGUGUUAGAGUAAACGAGGAUAAAGAGGAGGAUGGAGGGGGAGAGAAAGAGAGAGAUGGACGCAGAGGUAGCAGUCGAUUAUUGGCAAUUCUCCGAGCUUCUUCCGAGCCACAAGAAAUCCAAGCCAAACACUUGUCUCCAUCAUCUUCCUGCAGUCCACCACCUCUGCCUCCGCUGCCUCACGCUUACCAGCACCAGCUCGCCAUGCUGGCCUUCUUACAGCAAAACCGGAGACCAACAACUUUUUGCUGCACUUCAAGCUAUAACGACUUUGAUUUUCUGCUGCAACACGGGCCUCCGAGGUCGCCAUCUUGCAGCAAUCAGAGUUCAUGCGACAGCAACUUGCAGUCGCCAACGCUGAAAACAAAAGCUGAUGGUAAGACAUCACCUUGUUUCAAUUUCUUUGAAAGAACAGGGAUUAAGAAAGAAAGGGUUUCGUCUUGGUACGGGCAGAGUAUGAGUGAAGGGAAUGACAAAGAAAGACUUAAAGUGAAGUCCUUAUCAGACUGGCUACAGCUGGUUCGUUGUGGUGGUUCCAGUAAAGACACAAAUGGGACUCAAAGCAAAGACUCCACUCCUCAGGUCAGUGCUUGUGUAAGUACGCAGUCUUCACCGGGACCGAUCAGGCGAGUCGGUAAGGACUCAUCUCCAAAACCAGAAGCAGAAAAGAAAAAAUGCAAUGAUCUGAAAGAUCACCAAAAAUUAAAGCAGGACAUUUUAGAAAGACGGUUCUCUUUACCAGAGGGACAAUUAGAGCAGGCGUGCCAACAAGAUCAGAACUUGAUAAAGCCACCAGUGCUGCCAACUUCAGCACGUGAUGACGAAAGGCACGAGCAUCAGUUAAAGUUGUUACAGCAAAGGCAGCAGCGUCUUAGAAACCAGCUGUAUUCACACAGAACGGAACCGACGCAAGAGAAACGGCCGCCAUUACCACAACAACAAAGCAGACAGAAACAGGCAGAUACAGAAGUGAAAAGGCAAGAACGAUUGAGCCCUGCAAGAGAAGAACGUAAGCAACAAUGGACUGCACUGCAGGAAACUCUGCAUGUAGAACGUCGAUUCGACGCUGAUAAUUAUCGAAUAUCGAAAAAGGGAGACAUUGCGAUCAUUAACAGCAAUGCCACAACGCGAGUGUUGAAAGAAGAACAAUCGACAUUAAGAGGCACGGAAAGUAAAGAAGAGAAGAACUCGAGACAGAACAGAAUAUCGCAGCGGCCGAAGUCACUGCCGCCCCCCACAGAAUCUUUAGUGACAGGUGGCGAGAUCUUCCGGCAGCAGAUGUAUUUAGAGUAUAUGAACAAAGUUGCCGAGCGAGCUGAAAGACGCCGACAUAAAGUAAUCCGACUGUCAUCUGUUCCACGUGAGGACACGCCGGUAUCAGAGACGCAAGAAGCCACCGCCUCGACGGUACACCAGCUGGAGAACGAGUUCAUGGGGAGAGUGCGAGAGAGAAUGGACAAGCUGGGGUUAAAAUAUGAUGAGGAAAGCGAUGAUGGGAUACAAAACAAAACGGAGUGCGGGGCAGACAAUUGUUACGUCAUUACGGGUGGUGGGGAGGCUCAUGAUGUCGGUAGUGGGAGUACUUCUGUCUCUCAGCUUCCCAAGCAUCUGCAGGAGUUCCUGGUCAUCGCCGGUGGUGCAGGAACCGAUAGUGACGUCAACAGUGACGUAGAUGGAGUCUGGUCUCCAGCCCUGAAGUCACCUAGCGGCAUAACUGAAGACUCCAACGUUAGGAAUAAACAAGAGAAGAGAGACGGUGAGGUUAGGAACAAUCAAGAGAAGGACGGGGAGGAUGCACCCCCUGUGGUGUGGACCCCCAAGAGUGCCGGCGCCAGUCCCACCAGUGAACGGAAGGAGUUUCGGCCGAUCAACUUCGAGUCCCCCCCAUUGCCCAGGAAGACCCUAAGCGCCACAUACUUACCAGCCACUUUCAAGCCUGCUGACGACUUGCAGCCUGUAGUAAAUACAUCAUCGGUCACACAGGAGCCGACAACGACUACGACUUUCUCAUCGACCUUCCCACCUUGGCAGCAGCAGCAGUCCCGAGAUGACAGCACUCUGAGUGUUGGGUCAAACCUUCAGUCACCAACCAGUGAUAAGUCAGUGGCCUCUUCCACUAUCACUUCCACAUUGGACAGACGUCUCGUGCAGAGCCAAAGUGCGCCUGCAUCAGGACUAUCUGCCCUUGCUGCAGGGGUCUCCAGUAAUAUAAGGCUUCCUCGGGCACAGAAUCCCACAAUCACACUCCUACAGAAAGCUAGAGAGGGUCAACUGCCACGAGGGGCGUUAUAUUUGGAUCACAAGAUGAACCCCAAAGAAGAGGAGAAGUCGUAUAUAUCACCCAAUGAGAUUUUGUAUUCAGUGAAGAAGGAAUAUGAAAGUGAAGGAGAAAAAGAGCAACGGAAGAAGAUUGUGCAGCUGGGACCCAGAAAGUUUGAAGGCAUUGGGCCAAUGACAAAAGAUGGAAUUCCUAUUGUGUUACGAUCGGAAGUGAAAGAUGUUAAUCAAGCAAAAUGGUACAAACGAAUGUAUGACUCACUACAUCGAACUGCAAAGGAUGACGAAUAUGUCACAAUCCGAUACAAACCACGGAAAGGUCACUACCCAUACACAUCUCCUGGUGGCUAUCUAUCAGAGCCUGAACCAACCCUGUAUGACUCUGACAUUGGCUACUCGGCUAAAUAUGCUACACUUGAUCGACGGCGGAUCAAGAACAAGGAGAAUGAUUUUACCACCAGCACAUUGCCAAGGUCUCGCUAUAUUCCUCAUCCUGCAUCCAUCAAGUAUGCCACUGAAGUAUAUAAAAACCAACCUGGCAGAAUAGAAGACUAUGAGCCAGGACACUCUUCAAUCUCUGACAAAGAGACAAAACAGUGGUGGGACGAGGUUCUGGAUAUAUUUGAUGGGUGGCUGGAAACUCACUCUCCGCACCACCACCAACACCACCCUAAUUAUCGUAGCUCCUCUUUUUUGACUGCUGACGCCAUCUACCAGAGACAGACAAGUGCAGAACCACGGACCACCCCCUCAACGCCAUCUAGCAAGCCUUUCAUGACACAUGCCCUGAAGGAAUCUGGAUAUGAGAGUGAUUCAACACUGGUGUUCAAACGUCGUGAUGAGAACCUGCAGAGUCAGUUGAGUCCUGCAGAACAGAAAUUGGCAUACAAGACCAUUCAGAAGGGUGGUGAGGUGCCACUCCAUGGCUUACGGAAACCUGCACCUGAAAGACCUAAAGAUAUAUCUGAAAUUGAAUACUUUCCCAUUUCCCCACAUCUCACAAGAAUUCGUGUCCAUAAGCAGAACAUAACCCCCCUACGAGAAAUUGUGUGCUACCCUAUUACCACAACAUACACAAAUGUUCCUCCUGUGUUCUCUUCAUACAAGCGCACGGCUCCAUCCCUUAUUCAGGUGACUCCUAGGAAAACAAUUUCCCAGCCUCCACCUCCUUCCCCACCAAAGAGGCUAUCCUCACACCACAGCUCCACACUCCGUCUUUGGUCAAAGAUGAAGCUACCCUCCCAGUCCCACAGAGGUUCAAUUCAUCCCAGACAUGAGCUAUGUUUCAGAGAUACAAAUGUCAGUUUCCUAAAGGAUCGGCUAAGUCACAAAUUUGGAAUAAGUAGUAGAAAUGUUGGUAAGGGUGAUCAUCCAGUCAGGUUGAUGAGGGCCACUUCCUCAAGUCCGUCAAGAACCAGAACUAGUUUAACUACUCUGUGUCGAAGCAAAUCAGCUCCAGAAGAAAUUUUGAAUAUCAACAGAAAAACAGAAGUCAGUUCAUCCAAUGUGCAGCCAAGGAAACCCCAGCAGGAAGCUGCUAGAAGACUGAGUAGGUCUCCUGAUUUGACAGCACCAAUGGAAAUUCGUAAGAUUUUACAGAGACAAAAGGAUAGAGAUGUUAGAGAGAGACUGAAUUUGAGAUCACUGCCCCAGGGGACAGUGGUACGGAGUUCAACAAUGCUUUACUCUUCUGCACGAAAUGCUGGUUUGCAGUGCCAUCCUGUGGAUAAGUCACUUCAUGUAACAGUUGCAAUUUCUCCAAAAGGGCAAGAGUUACUUCAACCUAGAACAAUAACAAGCACUACUCCCACGACACCCACUCUUACCACUGUGACUGCUACCACCUCAAAGUCACCAUCACUUUCAGGUCUUCAAAAAGGAAAUGUAUUUUCAAGAGUGGCAAUGAAAUCAAGCUCCCCAUCUAACUAUUCUUCCUCAGAUUCGAAGAAAAAGUCUGCUGUUUCCCCAUGUCCUUCAGCAGCAAGCAGUCCUUGGAAGAGAACCAAUAGAAGUGCAAGUAGGGAAUGUAUGACCACUGAAUCGCCUACAAUGCCGAGGUCUUCGAGAAAUGACACACAAUCAAUAAUAGAGCUAACAACAGAUGAAGGUAAUAGGAGAGUAAGGAAAAGUGCCUCAGCAGAUAUAAGGAAACGCACAAAAGAUAAAUCUCUUGUAACAAGUGUGAAAACACCAAUGUCCAUGCAAAAAACAGUUAGGAAAGUUGCUAGUUAUAAUUCUGAUAAAGGGAUGGACAAGGAAUAUAAAGAUAAUAAAAAGAAAAUUAAGAAAGGUAAGUUGGACAGCAAUGGUGAAUCAAGACGGGCCCAUGCAUCUAAAAAAAAUGGCGUCCCCAAGCCGUCGUCAGGUAACAAAUCUAGAGUUAGCAGUGAAAGGAAACAAAAUAUGAAUGAGAAGAAGGGCAAUCCAGUGCCAAAAACUGAAACUAUGAAGGAUCUCACUGUUGUUCCUACUAUGAGACAGCUAGCCACACAGAGGGAUAGCUUGCUUGAUACUAUUGCUCAGCAGAAUGUGAGUCCCUUAGAUUCCGAAUCCUUCUUUCAGCAUCUUCUUUUAAGGGACAUACCGUCUCCAACACUAUCUGCAGCAAGCACUCUCUGCAGAUCUUCAUCUGUUUUACAAAGAGCGAGGGAGUUUAGCGAACAAGUGACUGGUAGAACAACUAGAACGGCCCCUUACAGAACAGAGUCCACACUUGGAUUGCUGAACAUCUAUCUUGGACAGAAGAGACCUGUUACAGAAUCAAAGUUCCGAAGUUUGGAUCGCAGGUUCAGUCUGUUGUCAAGGUCCCCAAGUCCUUCCUAUCAUCAUGUUACGUGUCCUGUGCGAUCACAUUUUUCCCGGUUUAAAAAAGAUAGUUCAAGACACGAAGUAGAGGCUGGAAUAUUUUAUUCAUUAAGCCCAUCACGAAGUAGGACUCCAGAGAGUGAUGGAAGAGAGAGUGUUAAGGUAAGGAGUUCAAGUGAACCACCUCUGUUAUCAUCACCCACAGGAGCUAUAUCAAAAAGCCACUUGCCUCCUGUUGACAUUCAACGAGACGCACCAUCAAAUAUGGCACCCUCAGCACGUUGCCAAUCGCAGCCUUCAUCGCCAUCUGCAGCAAGAUCACCGGCAUGUAGAAGAAUAAGGGGAACACGGUCUCAAACUGUGAAAACAGUGGAGAGUAUAGGCGGACUGAGGAGAAGAGGUAUUCGGGCCAGGAGUGCAGGAGAUGUUGAGGACGCCAAACAAGGCCACAGGAGCGAGUGGAAAACAUCCUCAUCAUUGCAAGCUCAUAGUACAAGUUCCCUGAAUAUAUCUCACAUCACUGAUCACAACGAAUAUCAAUCCUAUGUCAUGGAACUGCUACACUCCACGAGAAAGUCGGAGCGAUUCCGGGAGCUUCAUAAGUUCUACUCAAGUCUCGAACGUCUUGGACAGCUGGAACGAACGGCAUCAACAGGUGAUCUCCGACCUCGCCUAAAGGGUGAGGAGGUCAUCGAUUAUGAUCGUUGGAAGCAACUGAGAACGAAGGAAAAAGAAGAAGAGGAAAUGAAGAUUCUAUAUAAAAAGCUUAAAGAAGACCAGAAGAAGAAAGAUUUGCUCUUCGAAUCUAAAGACGCCGAAUCUUUGCGAUGGAGAGGUGAACGAGACAGAGGUCUUCGCUGCAGAGAGAAAUCCAUAGAGAACCUUAAGCAGCAUUUCAGUAAACUCAGUAUGGAGGAAACCGAUCUAGAAGCCGCGAGAAGAAAGGAUAUCGAUUCCAAGAAAGACUUAUAUAAACCGCUGUGGCGAGGAUCGUCAGUAAUGAACCUUGCAACUUGUCUGGCUGCAGUAACGAGUUCUCGGAGAGGAAGACCUGUAUUUAGAGACACUGGAAGCCAUAGCAUGCCAAGGAGUUUAAGCAGACACUCGUUUGGAAGGCACGAAAGAGGAAUUUGUAGCCGUCUAUGGAGUAGCCUGUCGAUGGAUCAAGUGAAUGCCUUGAAGACUCAGCUGAGUGAGAUCUACAGCUCCGUAUCAAACAUGAAGCGUGACAGGGUGAUGAAGCGGCAGGAAUAUGAAAUAUCAGUACCACCAGAAAGUGGAGCACUCCUGAGACCACGGGAAGGUGACAAAGAAACGCUUCAUGUGCGAUGCAAUUCUCUACUGACUAGUGAUCAGUUGUACUCGCCGGCUGUUCAAAGAAGAGAGGUCAGACGCACGGAGAGCAUGAAGGCAGAAUCCAUCAGUUCCCUGCCGCACUGGAAGAAAAAUGGAAGUACACCGAAGUCUGAAUCGCUUAUAUAUCAUUCAGAUCACACAAAGCCAUUGUCUGAAACUGAGAAGAAACGUCUAUCAAUGACCCUGAGCCAAGAGGUCCUGGAUCGUGUCACGAAGAAACAGAAAAUUAAUUCAGUACCGGUUGUGAGAGCACGAGAGACGAGGGGUGCCAUCGCUGCCGCAGCAGCUAAAGAUCUGGGAAGGACCCCUAGUCCAAACUCUAGCCCCGUGUUGUCAGAAACGAUUUCACCAAGAACAUGCUACUCGUUGGAAAUGUCAGAAGAAGAUGUAUCCGACCGUCGUGCUUCUUCUGCAAGGAAAAACGACUUUCUCCUUGUGCUGACACCUUCAAAUGGUUCACAAAGUCAACACCACGAGGUACAAAAAGUUGUGGAGGAGUGGGCCAAUGCUAUGCCUUCGACAAGCAAAGCAGUAACAGCUGGGAGUGAGAAGAAAACUGAGAAUGGCGUUGUGGCCAGAUUAGUGUCGACAACGUCUGCAAGUGAAACGGAGAGUGCAAGCUCCGAUACAUCCACAAGGACAGUGAUCCAACGGAUAGGUAGUGGAGAAGAUGUACUCCACAAAGUCGAGUACUUUGAAAGGCAACAUCUGAUGGCGACCAGCGACACGGCUAAUGGUCAGGCUAAAGCUAGUGGAAGGGUUUGCCGAAGUGCUAGUGACAUCAGAACUCCGCGACAUACUAUUUUGACUCACAGUAGUCGUGCCAAAAGUGCCCCGGGGGCAUUUUCUAUACCACGGAUCACCGCAGAUCCAUCAAUCCAGUUCUCUCCAAAAAAGCUCUGCCCGUCUCAGUCCUAUGCUGAUUUCAAGGAGUUGUUUGGCGAACAGAGCCGUUUGCGGUAUACAACAAUGCCUCUAAAGACUCGGAAGAAAGAAGAGCCCGCAUUUCCGAUAAAAUCAGCACGAAGUGAAACGCGAAAGAGCUUAGAUGAUUCAAAUGUUCGGCGAAGUCAUCAAGGCAGCAUCAGCCCCUAUAGGGCUUACUGCAGUAGUAGUAGCACUGAGAGCCUUUUCCAACAGCGAUCUAGGAGCGUCUCCCCCGACCCAACAAAGUAUUGGCGCGCAUAUCUACAAAUUGUGAAACAGGGGGAUGUUAGAAGAUUGUGCAACAAGUUCGAGAGCCUCGAAGACAUUUAUUACAGUUCCACUAGAGACGGCAGAAAGGUAAAUAAUCAGUUCAUGUUUAAAAGAUACCGAAGCGAUCCAGAACUUGCUCGUGAUUUCCUGGCGAGACGAGGAACUGAUAGUAACAGAGUAGUCGUGAGAAGACAAGAGAUUGGUGACGUUCGGUGGCUCAGGCGACGGUACGAGACAUGCUGUAGGGGAAGAAGCCGCCGCCGGAAAGCAAGAGCAUUAUCCCCUGUGCCAAGAAUUCCGUUUAGAGUCGGGGACAGAUUCAUGCCUCACAUUAACGUGAUAAGCAAGACUGCGUCUUUGCAACGCCGUUCAGUAACAGCUUCUCCUCAGCGGCAGUCUGUCAUGUCAGAAGACGAGGGUUUCACGCAUUAUCACACUGGUGAAGUGCGAAGAAUCAGAGACAAGUUUGAAUCUCAGUUGUCUCUCAUGGGGCAGAUGUUUACCUCAACCCCUGAUGUCCGAGAGUUGAGAGAUAUAGCCCCUUAUUUGGGUUGUCAUUGGGUGGCACACAGAUUUCCUGACACCCAGCCGAAUAGUAGGUCUCUGUCCUCACCGGAACUAAGACCUUCCCCUCCAGUAUCUAGACCAUCCUCCAGGGAGUCACGUCCCAGACCUGCAUCUUCCUCCCCCACACGAUCUCGUAGGCAUCCCCUCUCUAUUUUGAAACCCCAGCAAUCUCUACAGCAGCGCCAGACAUCCGCAAGUGCAGUCGCAGCGAGUAGCGUCAUACCACGACGAGAUGUAUUCGCAAAUCAAGCGUUUGAUCCAAGCAUUCAUCGCCCGUUGUAUCGAUACCAGCCCGCCAAUAAUGCUUCCGGUCCUGGUCAGCGGUAUUCAGGGUCCAACUGGUGGUGCCGCCAGUCUUCUCCUCGACCCACCGUCACUUUCAAAGAGUCGCCGCACCGCUACGUGGAGUCGGAAGUGACGAUUCACUACCGCAGUCCCGUACGCUCCGAGGCCAAGGAGGCCCUGUCCGAAGAGGAACUGGCGAGGCGGCAGGCCGAGGCAAUGCGCAGGAUAUACCAGGAGGAGCGGAGGAGGAAGUACUUGCAGGAGCUGCAGGACAUGCACAGCAGGAGACAUACCGAUAAUUUCACACCAUCGCAGAAGUCACCAAUUCCACUUAAUCGUUAUGAUGACUUCUUGGACGAUGUUGGAAACAAGGGGAAACCAAGAGACCGAACUCCAGAACCCAAACUGGUGGCACGAGCUCUCUACAAUUUUGUUGGGCAAACUUCAAGGGAGCUCAGCUUCAGAAGAGGGGACAUAAUAUUCGUGCGACGCCAGAUUGACAAGAAUUGGUAUGAAGGAGAGCACAACGCUAUGAUCGGCCUCUUCCCUUUCAAUUAUGUUGAGAUAAUCCCAUAUGAUGGAAUUCGAACGAUACCUAAACGACCCAGUGAAGGCCAGGCCCGUGCCAAGUUCAAUUUCAUUGCACAGACACAUCUGGAGCUUUCCCUGGUAAAAGGUGAACUGCUGGUGCUGACGAGACGUGUGGAUGACAACUGGUUCGAGGGUCGCAUUGGAAACAGAAAAGGAAUAUUCCCUGUAUCGUAUGUUGAGAUCCUCUCAGAACCAGGUGAAAAACCAGUGACUACUGCAGCUGCAUCUUCAAAGCCAGUCAUGUUGCCUGCAUCUCACACAAGUCUGAUGAAUGGGAGUGGGAUCAAGCAGUCAAUGGGACAACAUAGCUACCAACCGUCAUCGUAUUACAGCCAGAAUAAGAUGACUUCCUCUUACACAUCCAGCAACCCUUAUGCAACACUGCCCCGCCAGAGCCAGACUUUGAAACAAUCGCUGGCACCUGUCAACCAAACGCUGCAUAUUGACACACAUUCUGACCCUGUCCCGUAUCGUGCUUUGUACAACUACCGGCCACAGAAUGAGGAUGAACUGGAAUUGUGUGAAGGAGAUAUGGUCUAUGUGAUGGAGAAGUGUGAUGAUGGUUGGUAUGUGGGGUCAAGUCAGAGAACUGGCUACUUUGGUACCUUCCCUGGCAACUAUGUUGAAAGAAUAUGAGGUGAGCUUAGGGUUCAUCAUCGAAUUAGGUUAGGUUCAUCAUACCCCAUAAAAUUACUCCCUGUAACAGUUUAAUGUAAGCAAUGCUCAAAAUAGAAUGUAACAUGACUUUCAAACUUAUUUCAUGUUGAUGCAUGCAGUCUGUUAAGACAGUGCCAUCUGUAUAUUAUCUGUGUUCCUGAUAUUCUUUUGAACAUAGAAUUAUUUCUGUCGUACUUAAUAACAAUGGAUUUAAGCUAGUGUUUAAAUCUUUCCAUGCCUCAUGUGAAAUACCUCACUCUUCUGCUGCAGAUACCUUCUGUAUAGGUAAAUCUAUUCUGGCAUCUGUUCAACUUAAAUGUUCCAUAGCUUUUCACCACAAAAAGAAAAGGACAUUUCUUUGGAAAAAAUGAGAAAAAGAGAAGUCAUUCUGUAACCAAAAGAAAAUCAGCUUGUCAGUUGUACACUAGAGUUUGACCAACUGAAGAACUGCUAUGAGAAUCACAUGGGCAUAUAGCCACAUAGAAAUCAUAACUAUAUUGUAGCAUGGAUUAGGUAUGGUAUCAUUACCUGUUUAGGAUAAGAGUUCUGCACUUUCUAAGAGAAAUUCAAAAUGUGAGAUAGUGGGCCCCAUACUUACAGAUUAUGAAACUGAGAGUUGUAAAUCUGCAGAACUGUCUAGUGCAACGACAUUUCAAGAGCUGUAGUAGCUGGAAGAAUGAAGACUUCAUUCUGGCUAUUAAAAGUUUUGCUGUAAUGUCUCCUGUUUUUGCGAAUUUGAAUGUCCUUCCAUCACUGCAAGUACUAUAAUCUGUAUUCAGUGAAGGAUUAAGUUAUUGUUUCCUUCUACCUGAUGAUCAUCCUUGAAUGGGUUAAUCAUCUGUUCAAAGAAACUAAUCCUCAUCCCCACAAAUCAUGUGUCUUUGCACCCUGACCUCAGCCACUUCAACCCGGUUUACAGGUCACAGUUUCUUUUUAUCUAUAUCUGUUUUGAUGAUCUCCUUUCAUCUAUGCAGUGGUCUAAAUUCAUCAAAUUAUCUCAACUGAAAUAAUGCAUUAAUUUCUUGUUUCCCCUAUUCUGUGCUAAACCUAGGUCAACUUCAGUUCCUUCCCAGAGUACAUUUCAGUAUUAUUCUCCAUGUUUGCCUUAGUUUUAUUAGAAGACUUUAUGCGUAGCAUGGAAAUGAAAUUUUCCUUAACUGUCAGACAUUUUUCGUUGUAGAAUUUGUGAUGAGACAAUUUAGUGCCAAAUUAUAAAUCUUAUCAUAGGAAUGUUUUGUUUGGACAUUAUUUAUUACCUGGAAGAAACCUAACCACUAUUUCAGAGACUGCUCUGUCUCUGUUUGGGUUAGAGGAAGGGGUACACACUCUAAGGGACCCUUAUGUGAACCUAUUUCCCAAACAGCUGAUAUUUUGUUUAACCACAUAAUGUACAUUAUCCAAAAUAGAUAUAUAGUUUGAUUUGUUGCAUUCUGGUCUGUCACACUUAACAAUUGCAACAACGUC